CUAAGCGAAUGGGCCUGUAUCCGGAUGUUCAUGAAGUGGAAAUUCUUUGACAAAAUCCCCGUAGAAGGGGGCGUUUCAUACCAGGAUCUGGCGGCAUCAGUAGGUGCCCAAGGGGAAAUUGUUUCUCGGAUGGGACAAAUGCUGGUCUCAACCGGCACGCUUCUACAGCCAAAACCCGGCUCUGUCGCUCAUUCACGCUUGUCGUUGAGGUAUAAAACUGGCAAUAGCAACGGCUCUGCAUUCGCCAUGCUGUAUGACGACUUCCAGCCCGUCUUCGCGAAACUACCCGGCUUCUUCGGCAAGUAUGGGCCAAAUUUACCGGUUGGCAAGACGAACAUACCGAUCACCUUCGCUUCUGGGGCGGACGGCAAACUGACCCCCUGGGAGGUAUUCGCGCAGCAGGGCACGGAACAUAUAGAGCAGUUUGGCUUGGCCAUGCAGGCGAUGACGGGAUAUCUGUGGCCACACACGGGCGCGUAUGACUUCACCUGGGUUGGAAAGUACGCCGCGACGAACCCGAAUAGGACGUUGAUCAUCGACGUCGGCGGAAGCUUCGGCCACUCAUUGCGGGCUAAUCUGGUUAAAUAUCCUAACAUUCCUCCCGGCCGAUGCGCAGUUGAGGACCGUGAAGAGAUGAUUCCUAGCAUCACGAAAGCGCAUGCGAAUGACCCCGUCAUGGAGAACGUGCAAAAAGUGGCGGCGGAUUUCCACAAGGAGCAGCCGGUCAAAGGAGCCCUCAUCUACUUCAUCAGGCGUUGCCUCCACGAUUACGACGAUAACGAUUGCGUCAACAUCCUGAAGAUACUGGCGGACUCGCUCCCAGAAGACGAACCGCAAGCGAGGGUCUUGAUUAACGAACAUAUAAUGACAGAUCCUCCAGACCGAGAGGUUGCGGCUAUAGAUAUUAUCAUGAUGACUUGGGCAUCUCUGGAGAGGACUGUGCAGCAACUCGAAAAGCUUGCCGAUCGAGCUGGUUUGGUCGUGAUCAAAGUCCACCGGGCGGGGGGCUCGAGUCUGGGGGUCCUAGAAUGCAAGAAAGCGUCGCGUUCAUAAAUGUAACAUUGUGAAGGCUGUAUGGCCAAUAGCAUCAGAGACGAUGCUAUGCUACUUGGAUAACGAAUACGGUGCCAUGUGCGAUAGGAGCAAUGGAAGGAGUUGGUAUAUAAACACGUGCCAUUAGGUUCAACCUAGAAGGUUUACGGGACUUCAACGUCCACAAGGCAGCACACCAGAGUCACUCGGGAAAAAUUUAUCGUAUGGCUGUAUUGCUAUAUGGCAAUUAGCACACCAAAAAUAGUAAAAAUGGUCGAUAUGAUUUGCUAUACCUUGGUUCGUAAACCGACGCUGCGAUUGAGUAGUCCUGGCAACUAGCCCCUGAGCUGGCUUUCCGGGUGAGAUCUAUGGAGUAUUUCGAGGUGGGAGGAAUAGGUCUUCGGUAUAGCACGGGUCGGAAGGCUCGGUGGUGUAUCCCUGCCCUUUCAACAUCACAGACCGAUUUGAUUUGAUUAUGUCGGUUUCGAUAUCCCUUCCGAGAUUGAUGCAGAGUUCGAUACAAAGUGUGGUCAUCCCCGCAAUCUGAUCAAAGAAGCGGGUCUAAUACGGGUUGAGGAUAUAGUAUGCGAGAUGUCC